AUGGCGAAUAUUCGUAGGUCGAUCUCUGCAAACUUAGAGGCUGGAAUGAGUAGCGACGAUGUGUUUCGAGGCGAGUACCGGGUGUUUCCGAGCUUUAGAGGACCGGACUCUCGCCAUGGAUUCACUAACUGCCUUUGCCAUGGCUUGGUGGAUGUUGGGUUCCGUGUUUCUCGAGACCACGGUGAACUCCGAGUUGGCAAAAAAAUGAAACAAGAGCUUCCCUGUGCGAUAGAGAACUCCAUAAUCUACUUAGCUUCUGGUCAUUGGUGCCUCCGUGAGCUCACAGUCAUGGUACAACAAACUUCUAAAUCGCAGGGGUUGAAAGAGAUUCUUCCCAUUUUCUUCGACGUGGAGGAUGUCAAGCUUAAAACUGCAUUCUUCCGUGAUGCCAUAUUGAAGUUGGAGCAAGAGCAGAAGUUGAGUAUCGUUGAGGUCGAGGCUUGUCGAAAGGCUCUUCAAGAAGUCGAUGAACUAAAGAGAUGGAACCUGAAAAAGGAUGACGGCCAUAGAGGACUAAUCAAACUGGUGGUUGGGGUGGUUUUGCAUAAGCUGAAGACAAUACAUAAGUCCGUGACUGAACAUUUAGUCGGAAUGAACGACGGAGUGGCAGAUCUGAGAAAGUUAUUAGCUAUCGAAGCAAGUGGUUUCUGGCUGGCUAUAGCUCAUGGAAUGAGAGGCAUAGGAAAAACAACUCUUGCCAAGGUCGUCUUGAAUCAACUAUUGCCUCACUCUGGAAUGUGCAGCAGUUUCCUUGAUGACAUCCAAGAAAAAGUCAUCAAGAGAUGA